AUGCACAGCCUAAUCCGCGAACAGCUCCAAUCGUUCCUUUAUUCGUAUAAGAAGCCGACAAGAGAGGAAGGACUUCCGGUGGUAUAUGAUGCUGCUGAGGAUCAUGCUGAACGAAAGGAAAUGGCAUAUAGGGAUGCGGUGGAGAAACUGGAGGUUGCGAAGCGUAUGAAAGUCGGGUUUGCCGUUCGAGCAAAUCGAGAUUACGAUGGAGCCCUCGACCGUCACAGCCCUCUGAUUGACAAGACGAUCUCGUUCAACAAAUCCCAAUUCCUGCAUAUUCAUGCCGUAAGUGGA